UGCUAUCAGAAAAAAGUGCUCUACAGUCGUAAAAUGUUUCCAAUAUUAGCUGAAUUUUUAAUUUAGUUGCAUUCUAGAGUAUAAUCAAUGAAGCGACGGAUGUGUGAAUUUGUUGUGAUGUGAUAAAAAACUGCAAACUCAAGUAGUAUUAUUGUUGUGAUAAGCAAGUGAAGUCACAAAAUGUCUUACGGAAAGAUUGUUUUGAUGGCUUGCGGCAGUUUCAGCCCGCCGACGUAUAUGCACCUCCGGUUGUUCGAACUUGCAAAAGAUUAUAUUCACUCUCUGAACUUGGGGAAUGUUGUGGGAGGCCUGGUGUCUCCGGUACAUGAUGCUUAUGGAAAGAAAGAUUUGGUAGCAGCGCACCACAGAAUAUCAAUGCUGAAGCUAGCUUUACGGACGUCGUCGUGGAUCAAGAUAUCAGAAUGGGAGACACAGCAGGCCGGCUGGACGAGAACCAGGAUAUCCAUGCAGUAUCAUGAGGACAUGAUAAACAACUUCGUAACAUCAGGCAACCAUACAGAGCCGCCAUCUUGGUUGCCGGAUGACGUCAUCAACCUGAACAGUAUCGACGAGCCGGACAACCUAAUGGAGAAGCUGAAUGGUAACGAGGAGGGUCGCGGGGGGGUGACGGUGAAGCUGCUAUGCGGGGCUGAUCUGCUGGAGUCGUUUGCGACGCCUGGACUGUGGUCGGAUGAGGAUUUGGAGACGAUAGUGGGUCGCCACGGGCUGGUGGUGGUGUCCCGCGCCGGCAGCGACCCCGGGCGGUUCAUAUACGAGUCCGACAUGCUCUAUAAACAUAGGAAAAACGUGUUAAUAGUAACAAACUACGUGGCCAACGACGUGAGUUCGACGGUAGUCCGGCGCCUGCUGCGGCGCGGCGAGAGCGCCAAGUACCUCACGGACGACGCCGUGCUGGCCUACGCGCGCGCGCACACGCUGUACGGGCAGCGCGCCUGCGACACGGAGGCGGCUGCCCGUUGUAGCUGACGUGUUGCGCGCGCCGCGACCACGCCCCCUCGUAGCGGGACUCGUAGCGGGACCGUAGCGGGAUUGUAGCGGGCCGUAGCGGUAUCGUAGGCGGGCCGGGGCGGAGCGCGCAUUCAAUAAGUUCCAACUAUAUUAGUGCCUCUUGUGUCCACUAGGUUGAGUCUUAAAAGCUUUUUUGUAAAUCACGCUAUUGCUUAAAUUUUAUCCUUUUGCACUUAUUCAUAAAUUUUCUUAGAAUUAUUGUGGAUAUCACUUGAUAAAUCAAUGAUACAAUAUCAUAGGCAAAGGAAUGUGAUAAAAGAUGUGGCAAAUAUAUAUUUUUAGAUGGAAUACUUACAAAUUUGAUAUUAUAUGUGCUCAACGCGAGAGCUUGCUAACGAAAGUAUUUCUCAGUUCCUAUGAAACGUUUUUUGAAAGUUAUUAUGUCAACUAGUGGACACAUACUCUAAUGUUUGAAGCUUAUGUGGAAAAUAUGCAUAUAUUGUUUAAAGAUAAAUUACAAUUUUAUUGUACUUCAAAUAUUUUUUGCCUAUCAAUUGAAAGUAGUUCCUUCAUAAUUGUCAGUUUGACGUAUUUUCUGUUCGGAUACACUCUACUUUUAUUUUGCCAUUUUUACUUGAGCUGUUGUUAUAAUUCAGUCUUUGUAAAUUCAUAUAAAAUUAUUAAAAAUGUUUAUGCAAUAUAUGUAUAUUUUUUUAUGUUGCUUCAAGCAGCCUUUAGCGGUUCAGCAAUAGCUUAGCUUUUUCUGACCGCAUUUUCGCUUCGUGACUUAAAAUAGUUAAGUUUAAACUUGCCUGAGGAUCUACUUCCGUCUCAUAAAGUAAGAUUGUUGACAGUGUGGGAGAGAGAUGCCGCUAUACGCUGUGUAGGUGUCUCGCUUCCACACUACAACAGCUUUUUUUAAGAGGUGGUGGUAGAUUUCCUGAUUAAACAUACCUAUACUCUGCAACUCUGCACACAUUUUAUAACACACAAUAUUUUGCCCUAUUAAAACAUACCAACAUUGACUUUAAGGCAAACAAAUAAUAAUUAAAUAAGCAGACUUUUUGCCAGCUAUUUACUUAACACUUGCAUUUUGUCAGCUGUUUUUGUUGCAAAUAUUUUUUCUUAAUAUUUUUUUUUAAUUAAUUGUUAAUUAAUUUUUCUUCAGACUUGAAGAUAUGGAAUGAAGUGUCUUCAGAGAUGCAUUGUGUUAUCAAAUAGCUCCGAAACUAGAUGUGAAUGGAUCUUAAUAUACAAACAAAUAUAUUGCCUUUUUUAUUAUUGAAUGUCAGUAAACUUUUCUUAUUUCGUAAUAGAUAGAACCGUAAAACCAGUGUUAAUUGAACCACGCACUGAAAGUAUGAAAUGGAAAACGAGGAUCAAACUCUUCAAAUCAACUGGCAAACGUUCAAACAUGUUUAUUGGUCUCUUGAGGUCUUGAAUAAUUUGCAGUAUCAAUGUAUGACAUUAUUCUUAUCUCGGUCAGAAUGAAAAGUGUUACUAAAUAAGAAAUGUUUAAAAACUAUAGUUUCAAUGCUUCAAUGUGCAUUCCCCGUUUUAUUUAAGUAGAUUGAACUUAUCACACCUUAUAAACUGUUAAUCUAGAAUAAAUGUUUAAAGAGUAUGAUUUCUCGCAUGUGCAAGACGAUAUUUUGGCUUUAUCAUGCAUGAAUCAUUUUUGGUCUUUUUAAUAUUUUUUUAUCUUGCCUUAUAAAACUAUCCCAGUGAUUUUAUUUCUCGUAUUCAAGACAUUAGUAAUAAUAAUAAUGUUUGUCUCAAAAUAAACAAGGAAUAUUAUACAAAAUGUAUUAUUAUAAAUAUUUAUGAUUUAUAAAUAUAAAAAUCACAAAGAAUAACUUUGCUGUUUACAAUUCUGUGAAAAAGUUUAUGAACGUAAAUAUAAUUUAGGCUUUUUUUAUAAUUAUUAUUUUUAGUUAUACAUAUAAAAUAUGUAUUUAAUUUUAAGGAUCUGAUUAGUCAAUGUUUAGUAUGUAACUGCGUCCGGCCAGUGCGUUGUUUGCAUGAAAUCAUCGUCAAACUUGAGAAAAUUAAUAUUGAAGUAUUUCACCAACAUACAGUGUGAGAAAAGGAUGGCAAUACAAUAAAGAAAUUCAAGACUAAUUUUCAACUUGAAUAUCUGUGUUUUGUGUGCAUCGACACUUAAAUAAUUGGUAAAUUGAAUUAACGUCUAUUAAUUCCAUUAUUAACGCCACUUAGCCAUUGUCACUUAAAUCAUGAUGCCCGGAAUAUGAUCACCGAUGUUCGAUCUACAGUUUCCUUUUAUGCGCGUGCGCACUGGCCGCGACAACCAGCAGUAUACCAACCGCAUGUUCCUCAGCUAUUUAUUGUUUAGCUGUAUGUUUGUUCCAGAUGUCUACUUAUAUUGGACGCUGUAGAUUGCAACUUUGCGAUUGAGAAACCGACCAAUUAAACUUGAUCCCUUGCAUGGUAGAGGUAAAAAUCUACGUUUUUAAGUUUCGUUAGAUGAUCAUUUAAUUAUAAGAUUAUAUCUUUUUAAAUACUCUGCUUUGCUAGUAAGCUUAACAUUGACAGCAGAAUAAACGUAUCCGAAAAUCAGACAUAACACCUAGGUAAUAGAUAACAGAAUUGAAAAUCAUAUAUUCAUGUAGAUAUCUUUUUGUAUUUGUGGCUUAAAUUGUUCACACAAGUCAAAUUAAAAGUUGCUUUCAUCCUUUCACAAUGUAGAUAAUUUGUUUGUAUUUGCUUGAGACAAGGGUUUAUUAUAAAAUGUAAUCAAAAAAUAAUCUUUGGUUUUAAUUGAAGCUUAAUUUGUAUUUCUACAGCGUCUCAAUAUUAUUUUGUUGUGAAUAUUUCUUUAUGUAACAUCAUGUUAGCUGUGCAGUGUGUUUGUAGUUGCUCUGUACUUAAUAUACGGCUUUUUAAUGCGAA